UUGUUCUGCUGUUACUAUCAUAGUUAGCGAGAUUAUCGUGCUCAUAGAUUUCGCUAAUCUUCAAUUAUUUGUGUUUCAUUGUUGAAGGAUAAACUUGUUAAUGCUUGUGCUUUGUCGCUAAAAUUUGUAUAAUGCAUUAUAAAGAUUUGUACAAGCGAAGGCAGCAAAGUUGCUCCAAAAUGUAUGCUGCGAAUGAAACUGUAGUUUUAUGUUCUAUGUUCUGUCUACCAUAUGUUUGCUGUUGGUUUCUCGAAAGUAUCCCUACAACGUGAAAUGACAGUUUUGCUGAGUGCAGUAUCAUUUGUAUGGCGAUUAAUUUGCAACAAAAUGCACAGUCGAUGAUACGUAAUUGUAUGAAGCUAAUGUAAAUCAAAAGACAUGAAAGAUGAAAAGAGUGAAGAUCAAACUAAAGAAACCAAAUCCGUUGUUUGAACUUUGGUUACAAGAAUGGCGGGAACAAGCUGCAUCCCAAAAUUCCGAAAUGCGAAAUCAUUUUUCUAAAGCACUUAGCUCAUUGAAGAAAUAUCCCCUGCCAUUAAAGUCUGGAAAAGAUUGCAUAAUACUGCAACAUUUUGGUACAAAAUUAUGCUCGAUGUUAGAUAAGAAGCUCGAAAAAUAUAAAGCUGAAAAUGGAGAUAUGAUAGGUGCUGGUAACUACGCUUGUUCACGUUGUAAAAAUACUGAAAGGCAUGCUCUUAAAAGAAAACAUGAAUCACAACAUCUUUCAAUAAGUGCAGAAAAUACUGUACCUGAGAAGACAGAGCUGGCAAUAUUUAACAAAUUUAAUUUAUCAUCAUGGAACUUGGAAAAUUAUGCUGUUUUAAUGAUAUUAUACAAGAAAACACAAGAGUCCUAUUCUUCAGGGCUUAUUAUCAAGGAGAAUUUGUUUCUCGAAGUAGAAAAUUUAUGUGGUCAUGUAUCAAAAGAUUCAGUUACAAGCUUGUUUGAUAAUGGUUUAAUUUUUAUGUUAGGCGCACCAAUAAGGUAUAGUCUUACAGAAGAGGGGAUAAAUAUAGCAAAAAAGAUCUGCGAAAUAACUGCCACAGAUGCAAAUCUAGUUAUUUCUCGUAAUGCAUUAAAGAACAUUCUAACACGUUUAGGAGAAUUGUUUCCACAGAAAUUAUUAGCAAAUGCAGACAUAGAACAGUGUGAUAAUCCAAAUUUAAAUGGACAUCCAGCCAGGGAAUAUCAGAAGAAUAUUCAUAAUAAUUUAAGUGAAUCUUCUCAAAUUCAGAAGCCUCAAUCAUUAAAACUUGUUACAAACAAAAAUGUGCAACAAUCCAGUCAGUAUUCCACGCAGAAAAAAUCCAAGGAGAAUAAUUUUAUAGAAAAACGUGACAAAUUGAAAAAUAUUAAUACAGGCGCAUGUAGUAAAGAAAAUGGUCAAACUUCUUCCACUGAUCAUGUACAAAAAAAGAUCUAUUUACAGUCUAACAAAUUCGAUAUAAUAUUAUUAGUGGAUACUCAAGAAACUUGUGGUGGAAAGAGAAAACCUCAACAUGAUGCUACAAUUUCGGAGUUAUCACAAUAUGGUGUAUUAUUCGAAGUACGUCAUUUAAAAGUUGGGGACUUUGCAUGGAUUGCCAGGUGUAGAAAUACAAGAAACGAAUUGAUUCUUCCAUAUAUAGUAGAAAGAAAAAGAAUAGAUGAUUUAAGUGCUAGUAUUACAGAUGGAAGAUUCCAUGAACAAAAGUUUCGAUUGAAGCAAUCAGGCAUUGAAAAUCGUAUGUACAUAAUUGAAGAAUAUGAUAAAAGCCACAGAUUGGCAAUACCACGAUCAUCUCUAAUGCAAGCUUCUAUAAAUACUUUAAUACAAGAUGGAUUUUUAGUAAAAUACACUGCGAAUCAUAAAGACUCUAUGUUUUAUUUAUCAUCGUUAACAAAAGUUUUCAACGAUGUUUUUAAUGAAAAGAAUUUGGUGGGAUGCAAAAAGGAAACUCUUCCCCAAGUAGAUAUUUUAAACGAUACCGUUCAUCUGAUGGAAUUUGAAGAAUUCAAUAAAGCUGCAUCAAAGCAAAAAGUAUUCAAAGUAAAUCAAAUGUUUAUUCGUCAAUUGCUACAGUUAAAGGGUGUAUCUGUAGACAAAGCAGUUGCAAUUGUGGAGCAUUAUCCUACACCUAAAGUACUGGUUAACGCUUUCCAACAAUCCGAUUCCAAUGGGGAGCUAUUAAUAUCUAAUAUUCAAUCAGGGAAUAAGAAGCAGGUUCUUGGUUCAAUAAUUAGUAAAGCAAUUUAUCAGUUAUACACCAACAAAACGUUAAAUUAGUAAAUCAAUUUUUAUACUAUAUGUACAUAAUAAAUUCUUAUUACGUUAAUGUACAAUACUAUAAUCAUUAAAUAUCUUCAUCUUUACAUUA